AUGUUUCGUAUUUUAUGCAUCAUUUUCUUCUCGGUAUCUUUUAAUUAUUCUCAAACAAUAAAACAUCUUAAUGAAAUAUCAAUCGAAGAAGAAUUAUCUAUUGGUUCAAUAGUAACAUCAUUAAUAGAUAAAAUUCCUAAUUUAGAACAAUCAAAUGAAUAUGAUCUUGUUACACCAUUAUCUAUUGAUCUUGAUUUAUUUUCAAUAAAUCAUAGUCAACAUUGUCUUAUAAUAAAAAAUCGUAUUGAUUAUGAAAAUCUUUGUUUAAAAAAAAAUCAUUGUAUUAUAUCUGUAAGUAUAGCUGUUUCAAAUGAUGAUACAAUUGAUGUUUAUAUAUUACCUAUUCGUAUAUUAAAUAAAAAUGAUAAUUUAAUAAAAUUUCUUGUUAAUCGUACAAUAAUUGAAAUUGAAGAAAAUGAUGAAUAUUGGUUUAAAAAAAAUUAUACUUUACCACAUGCAUAUGAUGAUGAUGAAGAUUUAAUAACAUAUUCAAUUUAUUUACAAAAUUGGAAUAAACCAUAUGGUUUAUUUGAAUUUGAUGAAAAAAAUUUAUUAUUAAAACCAUUAAAAAAAUUUGAUCGUGAAGAACAAAAUAUUUAUUUACUUCGUCUUAUAGCACAUAAUCAAAAUGAUAUAUCAACAGAUAUAAUUAUUUUAAUUAAAGAUAUUAAUGAUAAUAUACCAAAAUGUCAACAAAAUCAAACAUUAUUUCUUAUAACAAAUCAAUCAUUAAUAUCAAAAUUUUUAUUAAAUGUAACUGAUUAUGAUGAAGGUGAUAAUGGAAAAUUAGAAUAUAAUAUUGAAAAUUCAUUAUUAGGAUUUAGUAUUGAUCGAUAUAAUGGUGAAAUUAAAUUUGAUUAUAAAAAAUGGAUUCGUUCAAAUGAAUCAAUAUUAAUUAUUAAUAUAAGUGAUCAUGGUAAACCAUUACGUUUAUCAACAAAAUGUUUUAUUGAAAUAAAAUUAACAUUUUUAUAUGAUAUUGAUUUUAAAUCAAAUAUUUCAUUAAUUAAUCAAACAAAUAUUUAUAUUAAUAUUGAAAAUAUUGAUUUAUCAUUAGGUUAUUUUUUAAUUUAUGAUAAACAAUAUAAUAAAUCAUGUUUAGAUUGUUUAAUUAAUAUAAAUUCAUCAUUAAAUGAUAUUUUUUAUUUUAAUUAUUUAACAUAUGAUUUAUAUUUAAAUUUAAAUUCAAUUAUAUUAAUGAAAAUUUUAACAAAUUAUAUUCAUUAUAAAGAAAAUAUUUCAUUAAAUAUUGAAAUUAAUAUUAUCAAUUUAAAAUAUCCAUCAAUUCAAUCAACAAAAAUUUAUUCAUUUAUAAUUCAUUUAAAUAAAUUAAAUUUAUUAAUUAAUUCAAAUAUAUUUUUUAUGAAAAUUUAUGAUAAUAUUUUAUUAAAUGAACAUAUUUCAAUUUAUAAUCGUUAUCAUCAUUGUUUAAAUAAUCAAUCCAAUCAAUUAAUAUUAAUUGAUCCAACAGAUACAUUUCAUAUUGAUAAAAAAUUUAAUUUAAUUUUAAAUAAAUAUUUAAAUAUUAAACAACAAAAUAUUUAUUAUUUAACUGUUCAACAAAAACAAACUAAUUCUACAAAUAAUAUGAAUAUUUGUUCGGUUCAACUUCGCAUCUAUAUUCUUAGUCCAUAUUCAAUUGCUAAUGUUUUUCCGUAUUUUACUCAAUCAUUUUAUAUUUUAUCAAGUAAAAAUUUAUCACAAUUUUCUCUUCCAUUAAUUCCAUCUUAUGUCAAAUAUAUAUCAUCGAUGCCAGAUAUAAUUUCAAUCGAUCCAUAUAAUGGUUCAAUUAUAAUUCGUUCAUCUUUAUUAUAUUCAUCUCAUUAUUAUGAUUUUUCUAUUAAAGCAAUCGAUUCUCAUAUACCAUCAUUAAGUAGUUCAAUACCAAUUCGAAUAUUUUUUGGUAUGAAUAAAUAUUCACCUCGUUUAUUAAUAAAUUCUACAAGACAAUCUAUUGAAAUAUUAUCAUCAAAAUUUCUCUAUCAAAUAAAAGCUUAUGAUCCUGAUAUAUUAUUAAAUGAUCAAACAAAUUUAUAUCCACCAUCAAUUGAAUAUGAAAUAGCUAAUAAAUUAAUAAAUAUUGAAAUUGAACGUUUUACUGGUCGAAUAUUUCUUAAAAAUUUAAAUAAAACAAAAAUUAAUUUUACAUUAAUUAUAAAAGAUUUUGGUCAACCAAAUCGUUUAAUAACUCAACAAACAUUAAUAUUUGAUAUAAAAUCAAAUGAAAAUAUAUCAAUAAAAGUUUUUUUAAUUAGUAUAUUAUUAAUAAUUAUAAUUGUUAUUUUAUUAAGUAUUCUAAUACUUAUUAUUAAUAAUUGUUGGAUAAGUCAUAAAAAAAAAUUCAAAAUUCAAAAAAAACCAACUUGGCAAAAUAUUUCACCAACAACGCCAGAUACAUGUUUAAUUGAUAAUGAAUAUAUGACAACAACAAUAACACCAUUACCUCGUGUAUCAAGUCGUGAACAAAGAAUUUAUCCAGCAUAUUCAUAUGUUAAUGAUUAUCAACAUCAACGUAGAAUUUUUUCACAUUCAUCAUUAGAUAAAAUUAAUUUUCAAUAUUCAUCAGAAAAAAUAUCUUUUAAACAAAAUUAUCAACAACGUUUAUCAAUGACUGAUAUUAAUAAAUAUUUAGAACGUUUUGAAAAACUUUAUAAUGAUUCAUCAUCACAACAAUAUUUACAUCAACCGAUUGGAUCUGUUGUAUAA